AUGCUGAGGUCAACGGCAUUUACGAUUAAAUCCUUAUUUUACAGGACGACAACGGUAUCCCAAGCAAAAAUAAUUGAUGUGGUUACAAAAUGGUGGCAGAAUUAUUUUAGUGUUUUUCACGUGAUUGAUGAUGUAGCUUUUUUUUUUUUUUAUUAA